ACCCCAAAUCAAGAGUCACAUAUUCUAGGACUGAGCCUGCCAGGUUCGACUGAGCCAGCCAGUUUCCCCUCGAUACAAGUCUUAAUAGAGUGCGCCAUCUUCUGGCCUGAGUCCUGCCUACCACCCAGGCUGUUUGCAUCCGACAGCCAGGCUUGCUUAGGAUAUCACAUACUUGUGACUGGAAAAGAGAAUCACUCCUCUCCACCCCUUAGAGGUGCUGGUUGGAGGAUCAUAAAACCGCUCUUCCACUUUAAAAUGAGUAAUGUUGGAGAGAGCAGAGUUCUAAGGCUUCUAUCAAGGGUAGAGGAUUCUAAUUAAAUCCCACUUUUUUUUUUUUUUUUAAACGCAGUUAGGUCAAGAUCAGCACAAAAAUGAGGAUGAGAGUCUGAUGUCGUUCUGUAUGAUAAUGUGAAGAAGCACUCCGAAUGCAAUUAUGCUGCUUUUGGAGACGUAUUUCUCCACCCUAACCAGGAUGUCAAUGGUGUUGUCAAAAACUAACGGAUGUCUUUGAUGGGUGUGUAUGUGCACACACAAGCAUGCAAGUGUGUCUCAGUGUUUAUUUGCUGGACACCAGAAGUAAAUCCUUAUCACAUCCCUCACUCUAGUGGGCGAGUCUAGAAGAAAGGAGACUUGGAAUGCCAGUGCCUACCCAAAGCUAUUGUGCUGAUCUCCCUUGUGGUGCGGGGCUAGAGUGAGGAAUUCAGAUGUAAGGGUACAGACUGUUGGGGCUUACUGUGGCCCUUGGUUUUGGGGAGGGGAUGAAUGCUCCAGCAUGAUCAAGUCCUGUGUAGUAGGUGGGAUUUCUCUAGAAGGGAGAAGAGGUUUUAUGUCCUAAGAAUUCUCUUGGGGAUGAGGUGGCGUCUUUAGGUCUGGAUAUCAAGGAAAAACUGGAAAAGAAGGGGCUGGCAGGCUUUGAAGGUACUUUGGUUUAUUUGUUUGUUUGUUUUUGCUUGUUUUCUCUUUUAAUGCUUUCCUCUUGAGCUGUAAGGAGAGUCUUACAAAAUUUCCCAUUUUACAAAAAUAUUGUUCAUUUCUAUUAUGAUCACCUUAAGUUCCUCAACCCUUCAGCAAGGUGCAUUAACAGUCUCGUGAUACUGGUGUGGAAAAUGAGAAAAUGGAAAUUUCGCUGCUGUGACCUGUGUUCACAGGUCAACUAACAGCAUCCUGCAGGCCCACUGAAGUCGGAGGUGUAGGAAAUUCUGUUGAGCAGUAGCAAAGCAGGGGAGGUUUGUGGAAUAGCUAUGAGCAGAGGGGAGGAACUGUGAACCAGGGGCUUGUGUUGAAUGGACAUUCCUUGUAAGGCACAGCACCUCCUUCUCAAUUUAUACUAAAGAUAAGUGACAUCUGAAGCAGAGAAAGUUGAUGCUUCGAUUAUAGAUAAAGUGCAAUCUUUGUGUCAGAAACACCCUUGUUCCCCACCACAGUGGGAAUGAGAGUCUGAUGCUGUUCUGUAUGAUAUGAUAUGACUAUGGUCCAGGGAACUCAGUCCUGCUAGGCAUACAGGGAAUCCUGUGUACCUGACUACUGAUUAUAGCUCUUUCAAAAGAACCUACAGCUUAGUUUGAUCAGAUCCCUUUCUUUUUGAGGCUCAAAUCUUCUGAGGACCCUCUGGGUACAUCGUCAUUGUGCCCCUGUCUCUUCAGACUAAUAAGCUCCAUUUUUUAUUUUGGAAAAGUUUUCAGCUCUGGAAUGCACAGUUUAUUAGUCUUCGAAGGAAGGCAGCCGUAACCUGUAUCUUAUUCCUCAAAGGAGUAUCCCAGUUUGUUAAGGUCUGACAAAACAUCCUUGUUCCUCAAUUCAUUCUGCACAGAGCCGUCCACAUAUUUUCUGUGCCGAUCUAACCUUUCCAUUCCUCAACCCCCAGUAUAAGUUGAAAUUAAGCCCACAACAAUUCCUAAAAUCUGGUAAUGCCAGGAGCCUACCUGAAAUUCCUAGCUGUCAGCCUGAGAAACAAAUUCUCCACACACACACUUUAGGCACUUGCUGUGCUGACUCCCGUCUGCUUCCUUGGAGUCAUAAGGGACAAGCCUCUGGUGGUACCUGUCAUUUAACUCAAUGUUCUUGUUUUUCAGACAUAGCUGAUUCUAAAACUUUCAAGCAUUAAAUCCUUAUUCUUUAUGAGUGCAAUUAGGAUUAAUUAGAAAUACUCUGUUUUGGUGACUUCUAAUUUAUAAAUAUAACAGAAUUUUAAAUGUGUAAGCUUGGUUUCUGUGAUAGCAUCACUGGAGGCACAAUUUUGCUCAGCAUUCUUUGACCUAUACUUGUACCAAGUUAGGAACUUUGGAGCCGGAAUUUUGGAGUACCUUAAAGCUCAGGUUUUAAAAGCGUAUAAAUCUGCCCGAAGCCUCCAGUUUGCCCAAAGCCUCACCACCCCCAUAUUCCUUCGCUCCCAACUCCCUUUGCUAGUCUCUGAUAGCAUUUGUGUUUGCCACUCUGUAUUUUUCAAUUCAACUCCCUCAUUCUACAGUAGAGAGAAACAGACUGAAGGAGAGGAAAGAACUUGGCUGGGAAAGCCGCUCUGCAGAGUGGAGCGCAAUUUCCUGUUCUCUCACGGCAGUAUUCUUCCUUUUAGGCAAACUUUGUACUAUGGCCAAAAUCAACAUUUGUUACCAAAAAGAAAUGGAGAAUUCUAGGACUUCCCUAGCGUUUCAGAAAGGAGAGUUGUAUGGAAACGGGAACAUUUUCCUGUGUAGUGUGUCCACGUAGGCAGAAGUUUCACUCAAAUUCAACCUGCAAACUGACCGCAGGUACUGGGGAACGCGAAUACGGAGUGCACAGGAGGAACCUCUGUUCCUGGCUCGCGUUUCUACCCGAGCCCGCAGAGAAACGGACCGGAGUGAGGCGCCGCCGGCGGACAGAACUACCUACGCGCACGGCGGUUGCUCUGACCGGAAGAGAAGGGUGCAGCGCUUAGAAAGCUCCCGUGCUGGCUCUCGCUUCUCCGCUGUUGCUGCUGUGGACGUAGGAGUGGAUACCCGAAAGCUUCCGCGGCUCUGGGGUGUGAGAUGCCGGGCGGAGGCCGCUGUCCGGAUUGCGGGUCCACGGAGCUCGUGGAAGACGCGCACUAUUCGCAGAGCCAGCUGGUAUGCUCAGACUGUGGCUGCGUGGUCACCGAGGGGGUCCUUACUACCACCUUCAGCGACGAAGGCAACCUCCGAGAAGUAACCUAUUCCCGAAGCACAGGGGAAAAUGAACAAGUUAGUCGCAGCCAACAACGAGGUCUCCGUCGCGUGAGAGACCUCUGCCGAGUUCUGCAGUUGCCAUCGACAUUUGAGGACACAGCGGUUGCCUACUACCAGCAGGCCUACCGGCACCCUGGCAUCCGCGCCGCCAGGCUGCAAAAGAAGGAGGUGCUGGUUGGGUGCUGUGUCUUGAUCACCUGCCGGCAGCAUAACUGGCCCCUCACCAUGGGAACCAUCUGCGCCCUGUUGUAUGCAGAUCUGGAUGUGUUUUCUGGCACCUACAUGCAGAUAGUGAAGCUCCUGGGGCUGGAUGUGCCGUCUCUGUGCUUGGCAGACCUGGUGAAGACUUACUGUAGCAGCUUCAAACUGUUCCAAGCUUCCCCAUCCGUGCCAGCCAAAUACGUGGAAGACAAAGAGAAGAUGCUCUCUCGAACACUGCAGUUGGUGGAGCUGGCAGAUGAGACCUGGCUGGUGACCGGGAGGCAUCCCUUGCCCGUCAUCACUGCGGCUACCUUCCUGGCUUGGCAGUCGCUGCAGCCUUCAGAGCGUCUGAGGUGUUCCCUCGCCCGGUUUUGUAAAUUGGCGAACGUGGACCUGCCCUGUCCUGCUUCCUCCCGCCUGCAGGAGCUGCUGGCUGUGCUGCUGCGGAUGGCCGAGCAGCUGGCCUGGCUGCAGGUGCUGAGGCUCGACAAGCGGUCUGUGGUGAAGCACAUCGGCGACCUCCUGCAGCACCGCCACACGUUGGUCCGCAAGGCCUUUCGAGACGGAACGGCAGAGCUGGAAGGCGAGGGGAAGGAGCUGCAGGGACAGGAUCUGGGGCCGGGGCGGGGAAAAGCAGAGGCAGCGAGUAGUUCCUCAGAUGGGCCCGAGGGCAAGCGGCCAGCCAGCCCUGCCCUUCUCCUCCCGCCUUGCAUGUUGAAGCCCCCGAAGCGGAUCUGUCCCCCACCCCCUAUCUCCACGGUCACCGGCGAUGAGGACAUUUCUGAUAGUGAAAUAGAGCAGUAUUUGCGUACCCCUCAGGAAAUGAGGGACUUUCAAAAAGCUCAAGCUGCCAGACAGGCUGCCACAGGGGUCCCUAACCCUCCCUGAUGUGCAUCCGAGGGAACGCUCCCACCACUGUGGCAGCAGCUUGACCACGGGCCUGUGCGACCCAGGGAGUGAGUGUACACAAAUCCUGAGGUGGUUGGUUUUUUCUUUUUUCUCUUGUUUAAAGGAACUAAGGGACUCUGCAGUUAAUUGGAACCUGGGUCCUGCAGUAGAAGUUGGGAGCGAUGCAGGAACAACUGGGUUGGAGAGAAUCCGUCCCUGAGAGGGAUGGUCCCAAAGGGGAAGGCACACACAUUCAUACUGUGAGGGAUGGCUCUCUUCCUGGACAGGUUGCAGGAUGUCAGGCCGCCUCCUGAUCUGGAUCGGCUGCACUGCGGCCCUCCCCACUGGUAUGGCAGUGUUGGCAUUUGAAAUGGCAUCAGCCCUCAGAGGACGGGAACUGGGCAACUCUGGGCCCUGUGUCCAUCUACAGGCACGGGGGGAGUUCUUGUGUACGUGGUCAUAAAAUCCUGUACCUCAUAACAAAAGGACCAUGGGUGGACUAAAGUUACAUAGCUCAAAGGGCUUUGCAAAAUUUUAAUAUAUUAAAACAAGAGGCAUCUGCUAGAAAACA